AAGCUGCAUGGAAUUUAGAUGAUGGAAACAAAAUGGCACACAUACCAUGACGAAGCGAUGAGGAAUAAAAAUAAGAAGCUCUUAUAAAAGCAAUCAAUAAAUCUGUUUUAUUGUAAUAAUAUGUGGUAUAAUAUUAACUAAGAAUGUCAAGCAAAGACAAUGAAAAAUGUAAUACACUAGAUAAAGACUCGAAUGAGAACGAACUAGACUAUGUAUUUGAAAAACUUCAAGUCAGUCCUCAUAAAAAUAAAUCUACAAUUUUUAAAUUGAAUACAAGCUUCGAGAAACAAUUUGUGGAUAAAAUCUCCAAGAAGCAAAAAAGAAAAAAGAAAAACCUGGUUAGGCAAGCAAAGCUCGUUCUUGAUAAAGAUUUGAAAAAAAAGAGGCAGUGUUCUAGUAGAACUAACGACCAAGAGCACAAACCAGAAAGUUCAGAUGAUUCAUGUUUGAAUAACAAGAAGCAAAACAAACAUUCUGAAGAAUGCCCCACAACAUGUAGUGCCCAAUUUCUAUGUUUAAAAUCUGUAAAUUACAACACAAAUGAAGAUUUAAACCCAGACGAAUUAGCUUCUUACUUUGGAGAGUUAUUAUAUAUUCCAAAACCCAUGUCUCUAAUGGCAGAAAUGAUGUAUGCGUGACAGAGAAAGUUUUUUUAUUGGAAAAGAAAACUAAUGUAAUGUUGUGUAUGUUUGAUAGUGGCUAAUAUUUAUAUUUAUAUA